UUGCACCUAUAAUUGAAAUGGCUAGAUUGGCUACUUGGGUCAUUUGCAUAAUUGCACCUAUAAAUCUAUAUAAUCAACAUGAAUUAAUUGCUAAUUUUCUUCACUAAUUUAACUAAAAGUUGUUUUCUACGACUCAUAACCAUCACGUAAAUGUCCAUAAUCAAAUCGACGCCGUAACUGAAACUGAAUCCAAAGUUGUCGAGGGAAAUUUGGAUAACUCGAAGUCGACCUAAUUCGUCUCGCUUAUCAUAAUACCUGUUUAAUUAGAUAUUUCUACUCACAUUUUAUGUCAAACCGUUGCAAAUAAUUCGAAACAAAUAUAGUAUAUUUUGAGCACGACCCGAAAUAAAAUCACACCUAGACUUGUGUUGUUGACUCGAACCGUCAGCUCUUUAGCUCACCAACAAAAAGGCCAAAAAUUUGGCGCGCAGAAUACCCCGAAUAAACCCCCAAAAUCACAAUCACAAUUCCAAGAAUCACAACGGAGGAGGAGAGAGAAAAAAAAACAAAGUAAAAAUGGCAGACAAUAAUAAGAUGGAAAAUCUCCUUAACAUGGGCUUUUCCGAAGAACUCGCCGCCCAAGCUCUCGCCGCAACCGGAGGCGAUUCCACCGUCAAAGCCACCGAAUGGCUUCUCUCUCAACCUCAAUCUCGCCUUCAAACCCCGCCUUCGCAAUCGAUUUCGCAACCGCAACAACAAUCCCAGCUAAAAUUGAACAAAUUUUUCCUUUCAAACUCCUCCAAACACCCCUUUACUCAAGCCCCAGAAACCCCACAAAUUUCCCCCUCUCAAAAACGGCCUAAACUCUCUGUUACCCCUUCUUCUUCAACCCCAAUUGACACUAAACCUUCUGAACCCUUAUCGGAGCGAAUGCGCCCACGAUUCGUAGAUGAAAUUGUAGGCCAAGACCAUAUUCUAGGACCCAAUUCAUUCCUUAGUUCGGCUGUUAAGUGUAAUCGUUUACCCUCUAUUGUGUUAUGGGGUCCUCCUGGUACUGGGAAGACCUCCAUUGCUAAGGCUCUUGUUAACUCCUGUUCUUGCUCUUAUAAGUUUGUUUCGCUUUCGGCGGUGUCCUCGGGUGUUAAGGAUGUUAGGGAGGCUGUUGAGGGUGCUAGGAGGUUGAGGGAUAAAAUUGGUGGUGGAAAAAGGACUGUUCUUUUUGUUGAUGAAGUUCAUAGGUUUAAUAAGUCUCAGCAGGAUUCUUUUUUGCCUGUGAUUGAGGAUGGCAGUAUUGUGUUUAUUGGGGCUACUACUGAGAACCCUUCUUUUCAUUUGGUUACUCCUUUGUUGUCUAGGUGUAGGGUACUUACUCUUAAUCAAUUGCAAUGUUGUGAUAUUGAGAAGUUGUUGAAUAGGGCAGUUGAUGAUUUGGAAAAAGGGUUGUCAUUGAGUGUUGGGAGGAAGGUUGAGGUUAAACACGAGGCGAUUGAGCUUUUGGGUUCACAGUGUGAUGGGGAUGCUAGGGUUGCUUUGAAUGCACUUGAAGUUUGUGCUACCACGGCGUUGGGUCGUGUUCCAGGGAAAGUCCAAUCUUCGGGGGAAAGUGAGGGUAGGAGUUGUGAUUUGGAUGAUUUGGUGGUUGUUAAUGUGGAGGAUGUGAAGGAAGUUAUGCAGUGUAAACAUCUUGCUUAUGAUAAGGCAGGGGAGGAGCAUUAUAAUUUGAUUAGCGCGUUGAUUAAGUCUAUGAGAGGGAGUGAUGCAAAUGCAGCUAUAUAUUGGCUUGCUAGGAUGUUGGAAGGAGGUGAACAACCACUCUACAUUGCUAGAAGGUUGGUUGUGUUUGCGAGUGAGGAUGUUGGAUUGGCCGACCCUAAUGCUCUCUUGCAAGCCGUGGCUUGUCACCAGGCUUGUCAUAUUAUUGGGAUGCCUGAGUGCAGGUUGAAUCUUGCACAAUGUAUUGCUUAUUUAUCACUGGCUCCAAAGUCAGUGGCUACUUACAAGGCGCUAAAUGAGGCGAUGAGGGUGGUGAAGGAAUCGGUUGGGGGGAACGAAGGGGUGCCCUUGCAUCUCAGGAAUGCACCAACGAAGUUAAUGGGAGACCUUGGGUAUGGAAAAGGAUACAUUUAUACCCCUGAGAAUCCUACAGCACCACAGAGUUUUCUUCCGCCUUCACUCCUUGGUAAGAAGUUUCUUGAGUGGCCACCUUCCGACACCUGAGAAGCUGUCAAGGCCAUUAAUUAAUCUUUUGUUAAACCCAUCUGAUUGUUGUUCUAGUCCUUGAUCUUUUACUGGCUAGGUUGUGGGUACAUUUUGUGUUGUUCAAUGGUACAACCGAAUGGGCAGUGGCAACUUUUGUUUCAUUGUGUGUGUGAAUAUUAGAUGGAUAGUAUUUUGUUAGCAUCAGAAUGUGAUAUAUAUUGAAUGGAAUCCAGGAAGAAGUUUUUAGGAACAAAUUAUUUUUGAAUAUUUGAAGCCUUGAAGCAUUAAGUCAUUCAAGCAUGAAAGAAAAAUGAAUUUUAUAAC